AUGCUGGAGACACCAUUCUACCUCAGAGUUGGACACCUUCUCCCCUACUCCAUGUCAGAUUCCAACACAACCGACUUCACCAACCCCUCCACCUUCAUCCUGCUGGGCAUUCCUGGCCUGGAGACGGCCCACGUCUGGAUCUCCAUCCCCUUCUGUGCCAUGUACAUCAUAGCUGUCUUGGGGAACUUCACCAUCCUGUUCAUUGUGAAGAGGGAGCCGAGCCUCCAAGGGCCCAUGUACUAUUUCCUCUGCAUGCUGGCCAUCAGCGACCUGGUCCUGUCUACAUCCAUCCUACCGAAAAUGCUGAGCAUCUUCUGGUUCAAUUCCAGGGAGAUCGAUUUCAAUGCCUGCCUAACCCAGAUGUACUUCAUUUACUGCUUCUUAGUGAUGGACUCUGGCAUCUUGGUGGCCAUGGCUUUGGAUCGCUAUGUGGCCAUCUGCAAUCCCCUGAGACAUUCCACCACCCUGACAAACCCCGUGGUGGCCAAGAUUGGCCUGGUCGUGGUGCUGCGUGGAAUAAUGCUAAUACUGCCCUAUCCCUUCCUGGCGAGGCAGUGGCCAUAUUGUAGAAUGAACAUCAUCCCCCACUCGUACUGUGAACACAUCGCUGUGGUGAAGCUGGCCUGCGCCGACACCCGCGUCAGUAGUUACUAUGGCCUCAUUGUGGGAUUCAUGGUGACUGGUCUGGAUUUGUUUUUUAUUGCUGUGUCCUAUAUCCAGAUCCUCAGGGCCAUCUUCAGCCUCCCCACAAAGGAUGCCCAGCUCAAGACUUUUGAGACCUGCGGGUCCCACCUGUUUGUCAUUUUAGCCUCUUACAUCCCCGUUCUCUUCUCCUCCCUCAUGCACCGGUUUGGCCACAAUGUGGCUGUACAUUUCCACAUUCUCAUGGCCAACACGAACCUUCUCGUGCCCCCCAUGCUACACCCCAUCAUCUACGGGGUGAGGACCAAACAGAUCUGGGACAGGCUGCUCCGGCUACUUAGUCAUAAAGGGACCUAA